GAAGUGAUGGGCAAGAGGGAGAAGGCCUGGAAGGCCGACUGAGAAUAGGGAAUAUAACACUAACUACUAACUACUGAAAACUUCACAUCAUCAACAGGAAGUGAGACGUUCCUCUGUGUGUGUGGAUCUACUGCCACAGACAUUCUCCCUGAUCAGACAACAAAACCAGCACCUGUGAGAAGAAAAAACUCAGUAUGGAGGGCAGCGUUGCAGCAUCUAAGGCAGGUGCGCUUGACGAGAGCGCUCGCGCCGAACCCGUCCCACUGAAGAACCGCAUGGCUGUGUACCAGGCGGCUGUUUCCAAACAGGACAAAACCGGCUUCUCCAGCACGGUCAUGGAGGACGCCGAGGUUUGUUCUCUGCCUGGAGGGCUGGCCAGCAUCCGUAGACAGUUUGAGAGCGAGGGCAUGUCUUCGGCUCACACGGUCACCCAGAUUCAUCACACACACAGAUCUGUGCAGGAGGUGUCAAAUUCAUCAGCGAUGAGUGUGGCGAGCAGCAGCGGGGGUCGACAAGUCUCGCAGCAGGUCUUCCUCCAGGAUGAAAGGACUGCUUAUGAUCAAAUCACUCAUAACCGAGAAGUGAUUUCUAGUUAUGAAAAUCAUCACAAUGAAACAGAGGAGGAAGAAUACUAUCCAAGGCUCUCAGCUAAAGAACUGGCACAGCAUUUUGAAAAGACCAUUGAGGAGGCAGCCCCCAGCAAGAAAAUUAAGAUUCGAGUACCAAAGUCCGAGAUGUGUGCAGUGUGCAAGAAGAGGGUUUACCCCAUGGAAGGCCUGAUAGCAGACAAAAAGAAGUUCCAUAAAUCCUGUUUUUUCUGUGAGCACUGCAAAAACAAGUUGAGCCUUGGAAACUUUGUUUCUCUCCAUGGACAUUUAUACUGCCAGACACAUUAUAAACAACUCUUCAAGUCUAAAGGGAAUUUCGAGGAUGGAUUUGGUCAAGGAUUGCAGAGGGAAUUACUGGGCGGUCGGGAUGCAGGGAAUACAAACCAUGAAGGAUCGGAUUGGAGAUAUUCACUUUCACAAAGUAGCAUGUGCUCACUGUCAGACGCGUUUGAAAAAGAAGCAAAUAAACCCGAUCAAAGCCCUAACAAAAUUUCUGUAGUGUGGCCUCCACAAGCAGCCUCUCUGAAAAAGACUUUCUCUUUGGAUCAGGAUGUGAAAUUAGUGAAACCCGUUUGGCCCCCAAAGAGCGAGACUUCAAAGUCUCCUAAGCACCAGCGUCGGAAAGCAUCUCAGAGGACUACACUUUAGGAGGAGUGCAACAAGGCCUUGGGGGCGGCGGUGAAAGAGGAACAUUGAGAGCGAGAGAGACAUCUCAUCUAUCAGCAACACACAAAGCAUGUCACAACAGCAGUGAAGUAUUGUGGGAACUUUAGAAACACGAGGACACAUCACGAUGAUGAAGAGCUUCGAAUGCAGGGUGAAAAUCUCGCCGUUGGACGGGCGAGGAAAGGUGGAGAGAGAGACAGUGGAGGUGAAAAGGUAACAGGAAGUUGAUAAGGAUUGUGGGAAAUGACAAAUAUGCUGUGUGUAUACUGUAUAAAGUAGACGCAGGUUCAGAGGGUUUGUGUGUAAUGUUGAAAGAAAGAACUAUAAGAAAGUGAAAUAUGAAGAUAACAUGGAAACCAAUCUAAAAUAUAAAUCAAAAAUAUGUCCAGGUCAUGUUAUUAUGGAAGCUUGUUUCCGCCACUAAAUUAAAAAAAUAAAAAAGGUAAUUGCGACUUUUUAUCUCACAAUUCUGACUUUUUUUUCUCGUAACUGUGAGUUUAUAUCUUGCAAUUCUGACUUUAUAUCACACAAUUUUGAAUUUAUAUCACGCAAUUCUGACUAUAACUCACAAUUCUGAAUUUAUAACACAAUUCUGACUUUAUAACACACAAUUUUGACUUUAUAGCUCGCAAUUCUGACUAUAACUCGCAAUUCUGACUUUAUAUCACACAAUUCUGACUUUAUAACUCGCAAUUGUGAGAUUAUAUCUUGCAAUUCUGAGAAAAAAGUCAGAAUUGUGAGAUAAAAAGUCGCAAUUACCUUUUUUAUUUCAUGGCAGAAACAAGCUUCCAUACAUUAUACCCCAUAAUCAAAAGGAAAAAAUGGUGAAAUAAUACUUUGCAUAAAGAAAAUAAAGCCUGUUUUUUAUGACAGUUAAGAUUUUUUUUAAUUGUGACACUAUUUUUAAGUGAAACAAUUACCUCCCUAUUUUCAAUAAAUAAAUAAAUAAAUAAUCCUAUUGUCAUUGCUGUAAUGUGAAAAAAAAAAAAAAAAAAUAUAUAUAUAUAUAUAAUAACAUAAAAAGAUAUAGUUUUUUAAAGUUUUUAUAUAUUAUGGUAUUUGUUGUGGUCUUUUAUUCUGAUUUAAAUCUAAAAUAUAAUUUUAUUAUAGUAAUAUAUAUUUUAUUUUAUUUUAUUGGAUUGUUUAAUAAUCAUUAAAAUAACAUUACGCAAAUGAUCUUAUUGCUUCUAAAAAUAGGCUUUAUUUAUUUUUUAUGCAGAAUAAAAUUUCUGUGUUUUGUAAUUUAUUUAUUUAUUUCAGUUGAGAUGUGACCUGGCCAUUAUUUCAUGAUUCACACUUGUGCAGUUGUGGGGAAUUGUUGGGAAGUCCAUUAAAAUCCGAGAUUCGUAAUGCAGCAACUUGACAAUUUCAGUUAUUUCAGUGUUCAAAGUUUAGUUUUAAUAUGAUAUUCAAUUAUCAGGUGCCAAAUAUGAGGGUCAGCUCUAAAUCUUCUGUAUUUCUGUACAUUUUACCAGUUCAAAAAUGGUGCAAAACCUUUCAGUUCUAUUUAAGAAUUAUAAAAUGAUAUAAAAUUGGUCUCUGCUUUUCUUUAGUAGAAAUAGAUUUUCUACAAUACAUUUAUUCAUGUCCAUGGAGAGAAGACAAUUUAUCAGUAAAUUGAACUCUUUCGAUUUGCAUCCCUAUAUUUUUGUAUGCUUUAUAAGAUUAUACUGUAUCCUGAUGAUUCUUUCCACAUUUCAACCUUUUUUUUCUUUUUCUUUUUUUUUUUUUUUUUACUUCUUCCUGUGCAGCACCUGGAGUGCUGUGUGGGAGGAAGAUGAACAAAACACACAUUUGUAAAUCUCUUGUCUUGUUUAUAGUAGAAGUGUAUGUCCUUCUCUCUCUAAACAGAAAAUAUUUUGUGAGGAAAAUGAUCUUUUUAGCGUUGUCUUCUAUGAUUUGUACUGGACAAUCCCUGAUCGUUAAAUUGAGUCGGGCUGGUUCACAAAGAGGUCUUGCUAAUUUAAUAAUGGAAUUACAAUAAAGACAUCUUGAUGUCA